CUGUCCCAGCCCUCGUCACAUUGAUUCACACUGGAUUAAGCCACCGCGUGGUGCUUGAGGCUGAGAGCCUGAUGCAGCUGAUUUACCGUGCCUGUCAGACAUAACACCUUCGGAGGCCUUGCUGCACGGGGGCUGGUGAGACCGUCUGCCUGCUGAACCGACCAAAGGAAUGACUGGCAAUCAUCUUGAUCAGGAGUAAGAGAGGAAGCAAUGAGCUGGACUAUGACUUUAAAGGAUGACUUUGGGGUCAUUGCCUGGGCACGGCGAACUGGGAACUUCCUCAGUUUCUUCGUCCUCUUGUCUCUCUUCUCCGUCCCAGUCCAGUCGGACAUUGUCUUUCAUAUGGAUCACCAGUUCUCAUGGAAAACAGGCCAGUGGGGCCAUUGUGUGGGUGAAGACUGCGGGUCCGGUGGAGUUCAGACCAGGACAAUAUGGUGCGUCCACAGGGAGGGCUGGACCACCCACCACUCGCAUUGUAACCACAUGGACAGACCCGAGAGUCGGCGGCACUGCUUCAAAGUGUGCGACUGGCACCAGGACCUCUUCGAGUGGGAGCUCUCUGCCUGGGAGGGCUGCGUCCUGGUCCCGUUCUUUUCCAACGAACUCAAGCUGAGGACCCCGGAGUGCGUGACGGCGCAGCACGGCAUCCAGAGACGGAAAGUCCAGUGCGUGCGCACCUCGAACCGCACCACGGUCACUUCGAGGAUAUGCGAGUUCUUUUCCCAGAGACCGCCGGUGGAGCAGGCGUGUCUCAUCCCGUGUCCUCAGGACUGCGUGGUUUCGGACUUCGACUCCUGGUCAGGCUGCAGUAAGACCUGCGGCGUCGGCUUGCAGCAUCGGACUCGACAUGUUCUGACCACGUCCAUGUACGGAGGCGCCGGUUGCCCCAAUCUGACGGACACUAGGACUUGCUCGGGUCCCGUCGCCUGCCCCGCCGGGGAGGAUGAAUACCAGUAUAGCCUUAAAGUGGGAGCCUGGAGCCAGUGUCGGCUCCCCCAUCACAAGGACGCCCUGUUGAGUGGCCGGACUACUGUGGACUUCGGCAGUAACAAGGAGAACAAUACAGUCAUGUUGCAGAAGGACGCAUCCCGGUACCACCAACACCACCAUGGCCACCGCAAGUACCCCAUGUCUUGGGAGCUGGAGGUGGGGUACCAGACACGGCAAGUCCGCUGCACACGGAGUGAUGGCAAGAAUGCGAUGCUAAGCCUCUGCACCAAGUACAGCUCCCCCAUGACCUUCCAGGCCUGCGUGAUGCCCAAAGACUGUCAGACUUCUGAUUGGUCCUUGUGGAAUCCUUGCUCCAAGACCUGCCGAUCCGCCGACCUGUCUCCUGGUUACCGUCUGCGGUCACGAGUCAUGACCCAGAUGCCGGUGGGUGGUGGGAAGCAGUGUCCUGUCCUUGAGGAAAAAGAAGCCUGCAACAUCAUGGGGGAUUUACUUCCACACUGUCCCAGGUACGAGUGGAGGACCACGGACUGGGACGGAUGCCUCGUCUCACCUCUGCUGAGCAAGCUGGACCGGCGUCUGGCAAACGUCAGUAGUCUCUGCGGAGGCGGGAUCCAGACCAGAAAGCCCUACUGUGUUCAAGUUGCCGAUGACUCAGCUCCAAAUCACAGGAAGGAAGUGUCCAGACCAGUGACUGCCAGGCUGUGUGCCGGUCAGGAACCUCCCCUGGCCGUCAAGAACUGCUCCAUCCCCUGCCAGCACCACUGCCUGCUCUCCCACUGGUCCCCCUGGGGUGCCUGCGUACAUGACAAGUGCAAAGAUCCGCAUGGGAAGAAAGGUUUCAUCCAGAGGAGGAGGGAGGUGAUGUGGGCAUCCAGCAGUCCGCUGGACGUGUGUCCUCAUCUGGCAGAGUCCAUCCCCUGCGAGGACCCCGCCUGCUACCGGUGGCAGGUUCAGCGAGAGGGGAAGUGUAUGCCCGACAAUAGCACCUGUGGUCCUGGGACUGUGGCCCGAAGCGUCCAGUGUGUCAGUGCUGAAGGUGAGGAUGUGCCCACCAGUUACUGUGGAGGAGACCCUCCCCCGACCCAAGCGCCUUGCGAGGUGGCCUGUCGUGCGGACUGUGUUCUCAGCGUCUGGUCCCCCUGGUCCCCCUGCACACACAGUUGUGCCUCAAAAACUGCAGACGGCCGACAAAGCCGCACACGCACUGUGUUGGCGCUUCCGGGAAAAGAUGGGAAAAAGUGUCCAGGACCUCCGGCUUUGGAGGAGUGGAGAGUUUGCAAUGACCACCCUUGCCUGGUGUUUUACUGGGAGGCCUCGGCAUGGGGGCCCUGCAUGGCGGAUCCCUUUUUGGACUUCAAUCAAACAAGCCUCUGGAAUGAAACAUCUGCCUGUGCUACGGGUGUCCAAAUUCGGAAAGUGACCUGCCUGAAAAUGAACGGUGGACUCAUUGUGAGCAAAAGAUGCCCCGAGUCCACCCGGCCAGAAACACUCCGGCCCUGUGAUCUCCCGUGCAAGAAGGACUGCAUCGUGACGCCCUUCAGCGAGUGGACGGCCUGCCCAUCAACCUGCGUGCCAGAAAAUACGAGCUCGGCCACGCAGUCUCGCUACCGCACCAUCAUUCAAAGGUCAGCUGACGGAGGUCAAGAGUGCCCUGACACUCUCUAUGAGGAGAGAGAGUGCGAAUCCCUCCAAGUGUGUCCGAUAUACAGGUGGAGGACACACAAGUGGCACUCCUGCACUUUGGUCCCCGAUCCCGUCCAGCGCAGCGCGUCUCGGACAGCAGAAACCUGCGGAAGCGGCCUGGAGACCAGAGGAGUCAGCUGUGCCGGGGACCAGGACCUGGCGGCCAACAUGACGGAGUGCCUGCGCUGGGCCGGUCCUUUGCCCGCUCAGAUCCGAGAGUGCCGAGUGGCUUGCAGGGACGACUGCGCUCUGACUCCGUGGUCCAAGUUCUCGGAGUGCGGCGGCGGGUGUGGCGGUUUCCAACGACGCAAACGGUCGCUCCUAGGUCGUAGUAAAAAGAAGGAGCAGUGCCUGGAUGAGGCGUUAUACCCGCUGGAGGAGAAAGAGGCCUGUCCCUGCGAGGAGUACCUGUCCCAACCCUUUGGCAACUGGUCCGACUGCAUCCUUGACGAACCUUCGACUCCGGACUCCCUGCAGGGUUGGAUGAGCUCCCAGGAGGUGAAGGAGUGCGGUCAAGGCCUGCGCUACACAGCCGUGGCCUGCCUUGACCAACGGGGAGGUCUGGUCGAGCCCACGCUGUGCACGGACGAGGGCUACACGGUGGAGAUGUGCCACGUCCCUUGUCCCCUGGACUGUAAACUCAGUGACUGGUCCGCAUGGUCGGCCUGCAGUGCAUCCUGUGGCAGUGGGCUGAAGGUCAGAUCCAAGUGGCUGAGAGAGAAGGCGUUUAACGGGGGGCGGCCGUGCCCAAAGCUUGACCUGAAAAACCAGGUAAACGAAGCCGUGCCAUGCCACAGUGAAUGCAGCCAGUACGCGUGGAGAAUCGAGCCCUGGUCCAUUUGUACCAUCAACACGGUGGGCAACUCUCCAUCCUGUGGGGAGGGUGUCCAAAGCCGCAAGAUCAGGUGUGUGAAGAAGGGAACGAGCGGCGAGGUCAACACGGUGGAGGACAGUCUAUGUGAUCAGGAAGAAAUGCCACCCAGAGCUCAGGUCUGCUUUCUGGCCUGCCACCACGACUGUGUUGUAUCGCCCUGGGGACCUUGGAGCCACUGCCCGUCGCAAUGCGACCAAGGCUCGGAGAGAAACCGGAGCCGACAUUUACUCCGCCCCCCCGCCGCGGAGGGCGCCACCUGUCCGGAGAUGGUGCAGUCGGAGAGCUGCAUCCUGAACAGCACCUGCUUCACUUACCUGUACCAGGUCUCAGAAUGGAGCACAUGUCGGCUGAGUGAAAAUGCCGUCUGUGGUCAGGGUUCCAGGCAGCGACUUCUCGAUUGUGUCCGCAGCGAUGGGAAGAUCGUGGCGUCGCAAGCGUGUGAGCAGUUUGGCCUGCUCACCGGGUGGAAGUUGGUGGAGAGCUGCGUGAUCGAUUGUCCUUUCAGCUGUGUACUCUCUGAUUGGUCGCCAUGGGGACAGUGCUCACACACCUGUGGGAGCCAAGGGAAGUCAGUGCGCACUCGGAGAAUCCUGCAGGAGGCGCACGAGGAAGGACGGCCGUGUCCCAACCAGCUGGUCCAGACGAAGACGUGUCCCAUCAGGCCUUGCUACACCUGGCUGCUCAGCGACUGGUCCCCUUGCACCAUAGAGGGCGCGGACUGUGGCGAGGGCCUCCGCAGAAGAAACUUAUCGUGUGUCACCCACCAGGGGGACGGGGCCGAGUCCCCUCCCGUGCCAGUGGCCGAGGAGUUUUGCGGCGACAAACUGGGGAAGACAAUCCAACAGGAGACGGAGCAGCCGUGCUUUAUUCCCUGUCAAGGAGACUGCCAUUUGGCGGAGUGGUCAUCCUGGAGCGCGUGUCAGCUGACUUGCGUGGAGGGACGCAGCUUCGAAACCACAGGACGUCAAUCCCGCUCCAGAGCUGUGAUCGUUCAAGUCGUGGAGAACCAGGACGCCUGCCCGAGACAAGUGUUCCAAACGCAACCUUGUAAAGGAGGCCAAUGCCACAGUUACCAGUGGAGGACGGGAGGAUGGAGCAAUAACGAGAGAGCGGUGUGGUGUCAGCGCUCAGACGGACUCAUUGUCACAGGGGGGUGUUUCCCGCAGAAAAGGCCGAGCGUGAUCCAGCACUGCCAUCCGCCGUGCACCAAGCCCUUCUCUCGCUGCGCCUCGAGUGGAGUGUGUGGCUGUGAGAAGGGUUACACCGAAGUGAUGACCACGCACGGCUUCCUGGACUACUGCACCAGAACACCUGGCGUGGACACCAGUAAGAAAGCUGACGUGAAAACCAACUCUGGAAGAUCAAAACCAUCCCAGGCCCGAGACCGGCACACAGAGUGGACCCUAAGACCUGUUGGCCCAGAUGGAAGAGUAAAGCUGUGGGUUUACGCCGUCACCGCCGUCGGAUUCAUCUUAAUACUCUUGGUUAUUGCAUCCUCCUUCCUGGUCUGCAAGCCCGCCCAGCCCACAAAGACCUCUCCUCCGCCACAGAAGCCUUUGACCCUGGCGUACGACGGCGACAUCGAUAUGUAACUUUGGACGCUACCCGCUGGCGAAAGGACACGAUUUCCCGAAGAAGAAGUUAAAAUGUUUUGUUUUUGUUUUUUUUUCAAAUGUCGUGUGUGUUGACAACGAGACGGACUGAACCUGGAAGAAAAGGCUGAACAUUGAACAUUUUGUUCUCGUUAUUGUCGGGUAUUUGUAAGAAAAAAAAAAAAGAAAAGAAAAAAGAAAAAUCGCAACUUUUUUGUGUACAUUUUUCCCGAGAAUAAACAACAUGCUCUAUGCACUACGUUAGUGCUGAUCAAACUAUUCCUUUUCCUUUGAAAUGAAUUUUUUUAUAGUGACUGAAAUGUUGAUGCAAGUUGUCGAUGCCGUUGUGUUGAUAUGUUUGUUGUGUGUGGGAACC